AUGCCCGUACAGCGCCAAAGCCGAAGCCAACGGCUUCCUCCAACCCACCGUGAGCUCCAUACCGCCCUCACCCGCAUCCACCUCAUCCGAAUUCGCCAGCCAAGCCACCACCGCCACGGCAGCGAGCAAGUCGCCGUCCUUGUCCUCGUCGACAACGGCAGCAGCAGCAACUGCUUCCCCAGACCUGCCCACACGGCUCUCCUGGGUCGCGAAAGCCGUGCUCCGCUCCUUCUCCGCCAUCCCCAAGACGCCCUACUCCACGGCCGGCAACACGGCCGACACGAGCGCGACGACGGGCAUCCUCGAGGACGUGCAAAGAUGGGCUUCAAGGACGUCGAAACUUUACUCGAGUUCCUGCACACGGCCGUGCACGGCGUCCAGGACGACAGCAAGCUGCUGCUCGAGCGCGUCGUCGACCUCUUGUCCAAGCUGCCCGCCACCUCGCGUGAGGGCCAGUCCCUCGAGAGCGGCCUCGUCCACCAGCUGUGGUCCUCCCUCCAGCACCCGGUUCUCACCACCCUCGACGAGGGGUUCCGCUACCGCGAGGCCGACGGCUCCAACAAUAACUUGUACAUGCCCCAGCUCGGCGCCGCGGCCGAGCCUGCUGUUCGAUACGCUGCUGCGCAGGGGCGAGGGUUCCAGCCGCACCCGAACAAUAUCUCGAGUGUGCUGUUUUACCUGGCCACCAUUAUUACGCACGACAUUUUCCAGUCCGAUGGCCAGCGCAGCGGCGUCAACUUGACUUCCUCCUACCUCGACCUCGCGCCCCUCUACGGCCGCAACCGCGACGAGCAGGUGCAAGUUCGCGCCAUGGAGGGCGGUCGGCUCAAGCCCGAUUGCUUCUCCUCCAAGAGGGUCCACGGCUUCCCGCCCGGCUCACUCAACUCGCAGCAAUCAACGAAGGCGGUCGUUUCCAAAAAGACCCUCGCCAAAGACCUCGCCGGCAAGACCCCCGAGGAGCAAUCUAAAAUCCGCGCCGCCGCCCUCGCCAAAUACGACGAGGACCUCUUCCAAACCGGCCGCCUCGUCACCUGCGGUCUCUACAUCAACAUCAUCCUGCGCGACUACGUCCGCACCAUCCUCAACGUCAACCGCUCCGACACCGCCUGGGCCCUCGACCCGCGCAUCAAGGACGGCCACAACAUCUUCAGCAAGCCCACCGCCGAGGCCACGGGCAACCAAGUCUCGGUCGAGUUCAACUUCCUCUACCGCUGGCACAGCACCGUGUCCCCGCGCGACCAGAAAUGGACCGAGGACGCCUUUGAAGAGAUCCUCGGCACCGACGACGCCGAGGCCAUGGGCUUCGAGGACUUCCUCCGCAAGCUCCACGGCUUCGAGGCGCGCCUCUCCGACGACCCCGCCCAGCGCCCCUUCCACAAGGUCGCCCGCCGCGCCGACGGCACCUUGCCCGACGACGACCUCGUCCGCAUCUUCCGCGAGAGCCAUAUCGAGGUCCUCGGCAUCAUGCAGGCCCGCAAGUGGAACGUGGCCACCCUCAACGAGUUUCGCGAGUUCUUCGGCCUCACCCGCCACCGCACGUUCGAGGACAUCAACCCGGACCCGGACGUCGCCCGCAAGCUGCGCAACUUGUACGACUCCCCGGACUCGGUCGAACUCGGCCUGUGCGUCAACUUCACCACCAGCCGCGCCAUCCUGUCCGACGCCGUCGCCCUCGUCCGCGGUGAUCGCUUCUACACCGUCGACUACACCCCCAAACACCUCACCAACUGGGGCUACAACGAGGCCAGCUACGACCCGGCCGUCGACAACAGCCACGUCUUCUACAAGCUCGUCUACCGCGCCUUCCCCACCACUUCCGCCGCGACAGCGUCUACGCCCACUUCCCCUCACCGUGCCCUCGGAGAACGCAAAGAUCUUGGCCAAGAUCGGCAAGGACCACCUCUACUCCUGGGACGUCCCCUCCCCACCGGUGACCUCGUCCUGCUGCGCUCCCACAGCGCCAUCACCAAGGUCCUCGCCAACCAGCGCGACUACACCGUCGUCUGGGGCGACGCCAUCCGCUUCCUCACCCAAAAGGACGGCCACGCCCCCGGUGCCUCCUUUUGCCUCGCCGCCGACGGCCAGGUCAACGCCGAUAACCGCAAAAUCGUCCUCAACGCCCUCUACCAGCCCAACGCGUGGGAGACCGAGCGCCCGGUCAAGAACCAGCAGCCACCCUCCUCCAACGGCACUGGCGCUGCCCUGGAGAAAAAGACGACGAUCAAGACGACCCACGAAGUCGACGUCGUCCGCGACAUCAUCAACCUCGCCAACACCCGCCUCUGCGCCGCCAUGUUCAACCUGCCCAUCAAGAUCGAGGACAACCCCUGGGGUCUCUUGACCGAGCAGGAGCUCUACCUCGCCACCACCGCCAUCUUCUCCUCCAUCUUCUUCGACGCCGACAUCUCCAAGAGCCUGCACGUCCGCACCCUCGCCAAGGACCUCGCCAACCAGAUCGAGCGCCUCGUCGCCGUCGCCGCCCACGCCGUCGACAAGGUCGGCGCCAUCACCGACGCCGUCGAGACCGUCCGCGGCUACUGGCGCGGCGAGGGCUUUCCCGCCAUCGCCGGCUACGGCCACGAGCUCAUCCGCCACCUCCUCCAGCGCGGCAAGUCCUCCGCCCUGCUCUCCCAGUGCGUCGACUUCUACCUCGAGGACGAGAACAAGCACCACCUCGAGGAGCUGUAUAGGCUCGCGCACGAGAACACGGACGAGGCCGACGAGAAGCUCAUGAGAUACAUGCUCGAAGGCUCCCGCAUCCGCGGCACCGUCGCCGUCUACCGAGAUGUCCACCACGCCACCACCAUCCCCGACUCCGCCCCCGCUCACCCUGACCCCGCGGACCCCACCGCCGUCAACCCCGUCACGGCCUCCGAGUUCCCCGAGUUCAACAUCCCCGUCAAGCCCGGUGACCGCCUCCUCCUCUCCUUCGCCUCCGCCUCCCGCGAUCCCCGCGUCUUCCCCGACCCGGAGACCGUUCGCCUCGACCGGCCCAUCGAUUCCUACAUCCACUUCGGAUUCGGCGCCCAUAGGUGCGCCGGUGCGGAGCUCUCCAUGGUCGCCCAGACCGCUCUCUUCAAACAAAUCGUCGGCCUCAAGAAUCUCCGUCGCGCCGGCGGAGACCGCGGCCGCAUGAAGAGCAUGCCCGCUCGCAAGUGGAAGGGCCAGCGGAGGCCGGACGAGGCCCGCGCCGAGGAGGGCGCUUGGACCGGCCUGAGGACCUACAUGACGCCCGACCAGAGCGGAUAUUGGCCUGUACCCUCAACCAUGAAGCUCGUUUGGGACGAGUAA